UAGGGUGAAGGGGUAGCCGGUGAUUGUGACAGAUGGUGGCCAUAAUUUUACCUUAAAAUUAGUGCGAAUUAUCGUAUACAAUUGUACAGAUAGUUAAUAUAAAUUUAUAGAAUCGUAUUUUUUUGAGAUAUAAACCAAACUCAGUAAGAUGUCAGGCGAAACUAAUAUUUUCGAUGAUAACGAAAUGCAGUUGCCUCAAGAUCUUGGAGACGAUGUUGUCCAAGAAGUUCUGAAGACUGGUACAGAUUUGCGUCAGUAUUCCAGGCAAAUCGAGAAAGAACUAAAGGAAGUAGAAAAUAAGUCUAUUCAAGAUUACAUCAAAGAAAGCGAAAAUAUAGCGAGUCUUCAUAAUCAAAUUGCUGCGUGUGACAACAUAUUGGAGAAAAUGGAGUUAAUGUUGAUGAACUUUCAAUUAGAUUUAGGGAGUAUAAGCUCAGAAAUACUUUAUCUCCAGCGUAAGUCGGUAGCAAUGAGCCAACAGCUGUCUAAUAGACAAAUAAUUAGAGGUCCUCUUAGCCAAUUUAUUGAAGAUAUGACGGUGUCUGAAGCUUUGAUCGCGGGAAUUAUGGAUUGUCCUGUAACAGAAAAAGAAUUCUUGACACAGCUACAAACGCUAAAUCACAAAAUAAAUUUCGUAAAAGAACAGACUUUCAAAGAAGCAAAAUCGUGUUUAGACGUGAAAGAUAUAUUAGAAAAGUUGAAAGUGAAAGCAAUGGCGAAAAUCAGGACAUAUCUUUUAGAACAGAUUUAUAAGUUCAGAAAGCCAAUGACGAAUUACCAAGUGCCUCAGAAUAAUAUGUUGAAAUACAAAUUUUUCUUCGAAUUCAUUUUAGCGAACGAACGUAAUGUCGCGGAAGAAAUAUGCGGAGAAUAUGUUAGCACAAUGAGUAAAAUAUAUUAUUCUUAUUUUAAAUCGUAUUCAUCAAGACUAAUGAAAUUGCAGUUUGAGGAAGGUGCUACCAAAGAUGAUCUGAUGGGAGUGGAAGACAAUAUAGGGAGAGGUAUUUUCCAUAAAACUACGUUAAAAAACAGGGGCACUGUAUUUUCUAUUGGCAAUAGAGGUGAUAUUUUAGCCUCUCAGCUGGAAGCGCCUAUUAUUGUACCUCAUACUGCAUCUAAAACAAAAUAUCAUUAUGAAGCCUUGUUCAGAAGCGAACAAUAUGCCCUUGUAGAUAAUGCUUGUCGAGAAUAUUUGUUUUUAACCGAAUUUUUUAAAGUACGCGGCGUGCAAGCAAUGGAUAUUUUUAAUCAGGUAAUGGGAAAGACAUUAAAUUUGAUGGUGAAAAACUUGCAAUCUUUUGUGGACGAUUGUUACGAUACAAUUGCUUUAUUCCUUUGUUUACAUUUGGUAAUGCGUUAUCAAUUAACGUGUCAUAAAAGAGCAGUACCGGCUUUAGAUAAAUAUUGGGACAAUAUGACGUCGGUAAUUUGGCCUAGAUUUGAAUGUGUUUUUCAAAUGAAUAUCCAAAGUAUAAAGGACUGUGAUCCGUUGAAACUCAAUAAAGAAAGCGGUCCACAUUACAUUACGCGAAGGUAUGCUGAAUUUAGCGCCGCGAUGAUUAGCGUGGUCGAAGGAUUUCCUUGCGAAGGUGCAAUACAGUUAUUAGCAGAGUUACGGGAAGCUGUUCAGUGCUUUCUAUUAAGAAUGGCAACUAUAUUUCCUAACAGAAUCGAGCAAUUAGUUUUCCUCAUUAAUAAUUACGAUUUAGUUCUCGGUGUAUUAAUGGAAAGAACGCGAGAUAAUUCGAAGGAAGCGGAGAGUUUCCGGGAUCAAUUAAACGCACGUUCUGCGGAAUAUGUCGAGGAAGUUUUAAAUCCGUAUUUUGGUGGUAUAAUACAGUUAGUCAAAGAAUCAGAGGUGUUAAUCGAAAAAGGGCAAACGGAUGAUUUAAAGAGGCAAGAGGGGAAAGCGUUAGCUCUCGUACAAUCGUUCACGAAUAAUUGGAAACGGGCAUUAGAAGAAAUUAAUCGCGAAGUGUUGAACUCGUUCCCUAGUCUGGUUCUCGGAACGGCGUUGGUGCAACGUGCAAUGACACAACUGGUGCAAUAUUACCACAGAUUUCACAAUACCUUACCGCUAAAUGCGCGAACACAAUUGACAAAUAUUCAUCAUAUAAAAGUGGAAAUCAAGAAAUACAAUGCAAACAAUAUUCUGAAUGUUGUUAGUCCAAAAUAAAUUGUAAAUAUUCAACUGCGGAUAAAAAUAUGAUUUCAUUUGAAAACUUAUAUUUAAAAAAUAGUUAAAGACAAUUGUAUUGAAAAUACAGUCGUAUAAUACGUCCGUUUUUUCCGUACUAAUUGUGUCGUUAAGAUUUUUAACAGUAAAGGAAGUCUAAUUAAAAGAUAUUGUCAAUAACAAUAACGAACAGUACUCCUUGUUUCCUGUUGCGUGAUAUUAAUUUAAAAAAAAAAACUUAUAAUU